AAAAAUGGCGGACGAACAGGAGUUGGUCCAGCUAGAAGGGCUUUGUAAACAGCUCUAUGAGACGGCAGACAGCAACCUUCGAUCUGAAGCAGAGAAAACUUUGGUGGCUUUUGCUAAUUCACCGGAUUGUCUUAACAAAUGUCAGCUGCUACUGGAGAGAGGAAAUUCCCCUUAUGCUCAGCUGCUGGCUGCCACAACACUAACGAAACUGGUGGCUCGUCCCAAUGUUAUGUUACCUCUAGAACAGCGCAUUGACAUCAAAAAUUACAUUCUGAACUAUCUGGCCACUCGGCCUAAGCUGGUUCAUUAUGUCCUCCAAGCCCUGGUUCAGCUGUUUGCUCGUAUGACUAAACUAGGCUGGUUUGACCUCAGCAAGGAGGAGUAUGUGUUCCGGAAUGUUGUCAGUGAUGUGGGAAAGUUCAUACAGAGUGGUUCCACCCAGCAUGUGAUGAUUGGGGUACAACUCCUCUCCCAGCUAGUCUGUGAGAUGAACCAGGCAGAGGCUAGUCGGUCCCUUGCCAAACACCGGAAGAUAGCGUCGUCAUUUCGCGACUCUCAGUUGUUUGAGAUAUUCCAGUUAGCAUGUUCGUUAUUACGCACAGCAGCUGGGAACAUCAAGGACCUCAACUUCACAGAUGAUGCACAACAUGGUUUGUUAUCACAUGCCCUCCGUUUAGCACACAAUUGUCUGACCUUUGACUUUAUCGGAACCUCCACCGACGAAUCUUCGGAUGAUUUAUGUACAGUUCAAAUACCCACCAGUUGGCGGUCAGCAUUUCUUGACUUCAGCACAUUACGUCUGUUUUUUGACUUGUAUGCGGGCCUACCUUCAUCAUUAUCAGCCAUGGCCUUGUCUUGCCUUGUUCAGAUAGCCUCUGUGCGGAGGUCUUUGUUUAACAACGAUGAGAGGUGUAAAUUUCUGAACAAUCUGGUGACAGGCGUGAAGUCAAUCUUAGAGCAGCCACAGUCAUUAUCUGAUCCCAGUAACUAUCAUGAAUUCUGUCGGUUACUGGCUCGUUUAAAAACAAACUAUCAGUUGGGAGAGCUUGUGAAAGUGGAUAACUAUCCAGAGAUCAUCAAACUGGUGGCUGAGUUCACAGUCACAAGUUUACGACAAAUGUGGCAGUUUUCCCCAAACAGUGUACAUUAUCUGUUGAGCCUGUGGCAGAGGAUGGUAGCCUCGGUACCGUAUGUGAAGGCCUCAGAACCGCACAUGCUGGAAACCUACACACCAGAGGUGACAAAGGCGUAUAUAACAUCACGCCUCGAAUCAGUACAUGCUGUUCUCAGAGAUGGUUUAGAAGACCCUCUAGAGGACAGUGGGAUGAUUUCACAGCAGUUAGAGCAGUUGUCGACAAUAGGCCGGUGUGAGUAUGAGAAGACAUGUGCCCUGUUGGUUCAGGUGUUUGACGAGUCAGCCCAGCGGUACCAGGAGUUGAUAGCAGCAGCCUCCCAGCCAGCGGAGAUCACUGUACAGGAAGGGAGGUUAUCGUGGCUGGUGUACAUCAUUGGGUCUGUGAUAGGGGGGCGGGUCUCAUUUGCCAGUACAGAUGAGCAUGAUGCUAUGGAUGGGGAGCUGGUCUGCAGGGUUUUACAGCUGAUGAAUUUGACUGAUUCCAGACUGGCUCAGGCAGGAAGUGAAAAGCUGGAAUUAGCCAUGCUCAGUUUUUUUGAACAAUUCAGGAAAAUAUAUGUGGGUGAUCAAGUGCAGAAAACCUCAAAGGUAUACAGACGGCUGUCAGAGGUUCUUGGUCUGUGUGAUGAAUCAAUGGUGCUUAGUGUUUUUAUUGGGAAAAUCAUAACGAAUUUGAAAUACUGGGGUACGAGUGAACAAAUCAUCUCGAAGACGCUACAGCUGUUGAGUGACCUGUCUUUGGGAUACAGCACUGUCCGGAAACUAGUCAAACUAGAGGCUGUACAGUUCAUGUUGAACAACCACACGAGUGAUCACUUUCCAUUCCUGGGUAUCAAUGCCAAUAACACGCCGGUGGGAGACAUGAGGUGCAGGACGACGUUUUACACAGCGUUAGGGCGUCUGCUCAUGGUGGAUCUGGGGGAAGAUGAAGAAAAGUUUGAGUUGUUCAUGAUGCCAUUAACAGCAGCCUUUGAUGCUGUGGGAAAUCUCUUGGCUAAUGUAGAUAACCCAGCCCAGGCAGAAGAGGCCAAGAGAUCAUUGAUUGGACUAGCUCGAGAUUUACGGGGUGUGGCCUUUGCAUUUAACACAAAGGCAAGCUAUAUGAUGCUGUUUGAUUGGAUUUACCCCAGUUACACCCCGAUCUUACAGCGUGCUAUAGAGUUGUGGUACCAUGAUCCCUCAGUUACAACACCAGUCCUCAAGCUGAUGGCAGAGUUAGCUCAGAACAGAUCUCAGAGGUUACAGUUUGAUGUCUCCUCACCUAAUGGCAUCCUACUAUUCCGGGAAAUCAGCAAAGUCAUAUGUGGAUAUGGAUCACGGAUACUGGCGCUGGGGGAGAUAGCAAAGGACCAGAUAUACCCGUUAAAAUUGAAGGGGAUUUCCGUGUGUUUUUCCAUGUUAAAGGCAGCUCUCUGUGGUAACUAUGUCAACUUUGGUGUGUUCCGUCUGUAUGGGGAUGAUGCCCUGGACAAUGCUCUGGGCAUGUUCGUCAAACUUCUACUCUCAAUUUCUCAGACAGAUCUUCUGGAUUACCCCAAGUUAAGUCAGAACUAUUACGGCUUACUGGAGUGUCUGGCACAGGAUCACAUGACCUUUGUCAGCAAUCUCGAGGCUCCAGUCUUCCUCUACAUUCUCUCCACAAUAUCAGAGGGGCUCACAGCAUUAGAUACAAUGGUGUGCACAGGUUGCUGUGCGAUAUUAGACAACAUUAUCACUUACCUGUUCAGGAGACUGACUCAGAAGAAGAAAAAACGUCAUCCUCAUUCAAUUACAGACAGCGAACCAUUCCUUAGGAUUCUAGAAUUACAUCCAGAAAUCUUACAACAGAUGUUAUCCACAGUGCUCAAUAUCAUCAUGUUUGAAGACUGCCGGAACCAGUGGUCCAUGUCACGUCCUCUACUUGGUCUCAUCCUCCUUAAUGAAGAGUAUUUCAACAAACUGCGAGACAGCAUCAUCUCAAGUCAGGCCUCAGAAAAACAGCGCAGUAUGAUGCAGUGCUUUGAAAACCUCAUGGACGGUAUUGAACGGUCACUGCUCACCAAAAAUAGAGACAGGUUCACUCAGAAUUUGUCAUUGUUUCGGCGGGAUGUCAAUGAUUCCUUAAAAGCACCGAACACAAGUCCCAGCCCCAGUUUAGAGUUGAUGAAUUAGCUCCCCUGAUCAUCUCAUCAUCCAUGUGAAAACCUGAAAGUGUGCAUGUGCCUGCAAGAGCGAGAGGAAGGAAGGAAAGGGAAAUAAUUUAUCUGUGACAUUUAUUGGUAAUGCUGCAAGCAUGCGCCUUCAGAUCACCUCAUUUGAGUGUUAGUUAAAGUGGUGUGGCAUAUGUGGAAGCUUGGUAGAGAAAUAUGUAAAUGGUUUGAAUCACAUACACUUAACUCAGCAGCAUUUGCCCAGUGCAAAGCUAGUUCUGCUGAGCUGUGUUGGAAUUCAUUGCUUUACCGGUGAUGAUGGCAUCUUGUUAUGUCAAAUACAUGUUCCAAAGAAUGAGUUCAAGUUUCAUCUUCCUUAAAUACAAAGCCCAGGCUAGGUAUAUAAUGUAGACAAAACCAGGAAAGAGGUUUGUUGUGUGCUGAUUCAUGCGAUGGAACAUACAACCUUUGUUUCAUGGUUAAAGGAGUAAUGAGAAAACAGAAGUGAGAAGUCUGGUUUGUGUUAAAGAACUCCUUCGGUGCGCAGAGUUUUUGGUGCAAGUAGUAUGUGUAUUUCAGAAGACCCCAAUGCAAGCCAAGUCAGUAUUUGUUGGAACCACUGUACAUCACUUCAACAUGGUAAAUUGAAAACAAGGCUUCACCUAAAAUGUCUUCAUAUGAGAGAAACACACGAACACAGUGAUAUUUCAUUUUCAUUUUGUUUUCUUUUUUUUUUAUUUUAAAUAACACUCCUAACUGUGACAAUGUGCAUUAGUUGGCUAUAAAUUAUAAAUUUGGACAUUCUUAAGAAGGUGUUGAUCUGAUAAGGUUUCAUUCAUAAAAAAUAAAGAACUUACAAGAAAUCCAUUUCUUCGUUGUGCAGAAUGAAACGAUAUUGUUGACCAGUGUUUGAAGCAAGAGAUCAGGUUUUGUUCCAAUACUGAGAGGCUGAGUGAACGGAUCCUAAUUGAUACAGUGCAGAGUGUCUUCCUUCAUAGAAAGAUAAGGACGUAGCAAGGACUUCAACACAAGCAGAUGCCCACUUCUGGUCUGCAUUCAUCUACACGCAUAUCCGUGGCCCACUUUUAAACAAUUACUUAUAUCUAAUAAUUGAUACAGAGUAAGGAUAGGUUUAAGUUAUAUCAUCAGGGUAUUUUACUUACAACAUAAUUGUUUUUAUAGUAUUUUUUUGUUAUUGCCAUGUGGAAUAGGAUAUGAAUCUUUCCACGCAAAACCUGUUGAGUGCUUACAUGUAAAAGUCUUCAGAGCGUUGAAAAGUAAAAUGUUGAAUCCUUCAUUACCAGUAUCGUAGAAAGUGCUUUAGCUUUAUUCACAAGUUGUGCUCUUGUGUUGUGCAGCCCUUUUUUGUCCAAGUGCUCAGAAGUUUGUGGAGAACAGGCCUUUGCAACAAUUUCUUCUUCUUGAAACCCCUCUGUCUCGGCUUUAGCUAUUUUGUUGAAAGUUGGUGAAGGACAUAACUAAACUUGGCAAAUUUUCUCAGGGCUUUUCCUUGUGUAAAUGAAACCACAAUUGAGUACAUGACAGUUAUGUCUAGAAGUCCGGAAUUUUAAAGGAUCAACCUAGUCUUUACAACUGCCAGUAUUUCAAUUAUAGCUAAAUUUAUCCUCGUUCUGAGGCGGCAGUUAAACCAUUUUCACCACUUGCGGUAAGAAUGUGAAGAAAUGGAUAGUAACCGUCCUCCAAAUUGCUUCUUGCGUAACUGUUGAACUUUUUUUUUUUAUUAUUAUUUAUUUAUUUUUAUCGUUUCCUGCACAGCUGUAUGUAAGUGGCUCAACGUGCUAAGCUUUACUGACCAGUCUAAGAUAGUACAUUGUUAAGUCUCUCAGCUUCAUUCUCAUGCCAAAAGAGAACCAAUGCUUCUUCCUUCGUUCGACCUUCGUUUAAAUAUCAGUUGUCUUAGUCUGGUCAAUAUCUCUGGCUACAAUGCGAUUGCUUCAUUCUUGGAUGUUUUGGUCGUACAUGACUAAACUAGGUUUAAUUGUGCAUUCAUGUGGGCCUACUCCCAUUCAGUUCUAGUCUUUGAACGGAUUAGCUGCGACAAGCAGCUCUAUAGUUACUAUCUCUGUCGUUCGAUCUGUUUGUCGGUCUGUCAGAUUUUAAAAUUCAAUUUUUUAACGUGAGCCUUUCACUUAACAAGGGUCCUGAGUGCAACAUGACAUGACUUAUGCAGAAUUUCCCAGAAAUUGUUUUAAGAAGAUGGGGCGUAGAUCUUUGUUUGCCGUGAUGUGUGUCAGGGCAACCCACUUGAAGUGCUAAACGGGGUAUUAUUUCAAUUUACAUUUACGUCUGCUCAGAAGUUUUGUAUGUUUUAUGUUAAUCUGAUUCGUGCACUAUCCUGAAUGUAAGGGACUGGUCAGUUGGGAGAAUUCAGCUCUUUUGCUGCCCCAAGGCCAGUUACUGAUCUACGCAAUAAUAACUUAGCCACGUUCCAUUACUGAUCUACGUAAUGCUAACAUCCGUCAGUGUUUAAAAAGUAAAAGUUAUGCGGCAGACCAGAGUCGUAAAUUUACAUUUAGCUUCACGUUUUUUGCUAGAUUUGUGCCUAAUUUCUUGAAAGAGGUUGAACACUUGAUGAAAACACAUGUAGAAUGCUCAGGAUAUAGCGAACAGGGAGAUAACAGGGAGAUAAUUAGGCUACAGGGCAGCCGAGUCGCUAUGAGGCUGUGCUUGUGAGGAUAUUUCUCUUUUGAUAUUUUUUCACAUGUUCUAGUAUGUGAGCAUGAAAUUGCGCUAAAUUGAACAAUUCACAGAUUUGAUUUUCUGACCUGGUAGAAGGAAUUUGGUCUAAUAGUAUACCUGUCAACAUCUGGAUCGAAGCUUUAGCGAAGUGAACGGACAUAAUUUCUCAACAUUCUCUUGCCGAAGUAUAGAACCAUCUACUUGCAUGUAUAGGUGACAAUUUGUACUGUGUGACAAGCAGCGCCAUAUGCAUUAUUUUGGACCACUUACGUUUUAGCCUUAUAUAUAAGUGUUGGGCUUGUACAGAUUGCAUGGAGGUGUGGUCCAGGUGGUCAUAUAGAUCAGGAUUUGCUGUAUAUUUGAUGGUUUUAUUGGUGACUGGUUGAGCGGUAUGGGUUAUGUGUGUUUUCAUGUACAUGUAUAAAGGACUGAUGCGUGUGAACUUGGCUAUGGAUGUGAUCCGCCAUGAGAGUCGCUGGUAGAAACCUACACUUGUAUAGUGGCAGGAAAAUGGGAUUUGUAUAAUGUGUGUAAAUCAUGCGAAGAGCAACUGAAUUUCAUGUAUUCUGGCUGACAUGCUUUUGUUAUAUUAAAAUAUUCAAAAAUUCAAAACACACAUGAAAAUGCAAUAAAAAA